AGCAUCUGCCGAAGCGAAAACAGUUAGAAGAUGUAUUUUGUGUCUAAGACAAAGGCAGAGCAGGCAGCCUGGGAGUUCGCUAAAGAGAACAACAUUGAUUUUGUCUGCAUAAUCCCAUCACUUGUUGUUGGUCCUUUUCUUAUGUCUUCAAUGCCACCGAGUUCAAUAACUGCCCUUUCCCCCAUCACAGGGCAGGAGAGCCAUUACCAUAUUAUAAAGGAAGGCCAAUUUGUGCAUCUUAAUGACCUCUGCUUGGGGCAUAUUUUCCUGUUUGAGCAUCCUAAAGCGGAGGGCCGUUACAUUUGCUCCUCCCACAAUGCCAGCAUUUUUUAUAUUGCGAGAAAUCUCAGGAAAAAUACCCCCAGUAUAGAUUUCCAACAGAGUAAGUUCAAAGGAAAAGAUGAGAAGGACUUGAAGGAGAUAGUUUUCUCUUCCAAGAAGAUCAAGGAUUUGGGUUUCGAGUUCAAAUACAGCUUGGAAGACAUGUUUACAGGAGCUGUUAAUACGUGCCGAGCCAAGGGAUUGCUUCCUCUUUCUUAUGAGAAGAAGGAUGUCAAUGGCACAGCCUAAGUUCGUACCUCUGUAUCCUUGGGUUCUAAGGAGACAGGAUCCAAAGUCUGGUGGAUGAACAAAGACCAUGUGACCAGAGCGUGAUUAACAGCUUCAUGUCCCAUGUGUGAUCAUUGAAGCAGUAGAGGAUCGUUCUCAGCUGGAAUUCAUCAAGCUGGGGUCGUCACAUGGUUGUCUGACAGACUUUAAAAUCUUUUCUUCUUAAAACAUUUAAUCCCAUUAAGAGAAUGGGGAAAGAAAAUUUUUUUUUUUUUUUUCACUUCUCGAAUGUCUGCCCUUCUUCAUCUAGUUUAGAAUAUCUUUGUUGAAGCCAAAGAAAUCAAGAAAUCCAAGACCCAAUAGAGUAUCGUAGCCUUGUUGAAGAUGGUGAACUGUGUAAGUCGAUUCAAAGCAAACUAGCUUUCUGGAUUCUGUUUGGUUUCCAAGUGAGGAACAAAUUUUUGUUGGGGUUCCCACAAAAGAGAAGAAAAUGGAAAAUAACUAAGUUUUUUUUUU